AAUUUAUUCCUCCUGUCUGAGAUGUAUCCUUUCACCACUAUCUCCCCGAGGACCAUCUGCAAGUAGUGGUAACUGCCACUCUACUCUAUGCCUCUACGGUUUCCACAUAUUUAGAUUCCACAUAAUCCAGAAGAGUUGAUCCUUCAACAGACGAAGAGGAUGGAACACAUUACUCCUCAGAAAGUCAGGAUGGUCAGGGAUCAUCUUCUGAUGACUCCAGCUCUCUGGAAGAAAAAGAAUUGUCAUCAACAGUUAAGAUCCCUGAUGCAGCUUUUAUUCAGGCAGCCCGCAGAAAACGUGAAUUGGCCAGGGCCCAAGAUGACUAUAUUUCUUUGGAUGUAAAACCUUCCUCCACCAUCUCUGGUACGGAGAGAAGCCAUGAUGAAGACCCUGAGAGUGAGCCUGAUGACCAUGAAAAGAGAAUACCAUUUACCCUAAAGCCUCAAACACUUAGGCAAAGAAUGGCUGAAGAAACAAGAAAUAGAAAUGAAGAAGCAAGUGAAGAAAGUCAGGAAGAGGAAUAUCAAGAUGUUUGGGAACGUCAACAAAUGAGGAAAGCGGUUAAAAUAACAGAGGAAAGAGACAUUAAUCUUUCCCACACCAGUGAAUCUCAAACAGUGAGAAAGUUUGAUACUUCCAUUUCGUUUCCACCAGUAAAUUUAGAAAUUAUAAAGAAGCAGUUAAAUACUAGAUUAACAUUACUGCAGGAAACUCACCGCUCACACCUGAGGGAAUAUGAAAAAUAUAUACAAGAUGUCCAGAGCUCAAAGAGUACAAUCCACAACCUAGAGUGUUCAUCAAAUCAAGCUCAAAAUUAUAAAUUCUAUAAAAGCAUGAAAAUGUAUGUGGAAAAUUUAAUUGACUGCCUAAAUGAAAAGAUUAUCAACAUCCAAGAAAUAGAAUCAUCCAUGCAUGCACUCCUUUUAAAACAAGCUAUGAUCUUUAUGAAGCGCAGGCAAGAUGAAUUAAAACACGAAUCAACGUAUUUACAACAGUUAUCACGCAAAGAUGAGACAUCAACAAAUGGAAGCUUGACUGUAGAUGAAAAAACUCAAUGGAUUUUAAAAGAGAUUGAAUCUCGAAGGACACAAAGAAGACAAGCAAGGUCACUUUCUGGGAAUUGCAGCCAUCAGGAAGGGACAUCUAGUGAUGAUGAACUGUCCUCAGCAGAAAUGACUGACUUCCAAAAAAGCCAAGGUGAUAUUUUACAGGAUCAGAAGAAAGUUUUUGAAGAUGUGCAUGAUGAUUUUUGUAGCAUCCAGAAUAUUUUGUUGAAAUUUCAGCAAUGGCGAGAAAAGUUUCCUGACUCCUACUAUGAUGCUUUUAUUAGUUUGUGUAUACCGAAACUUUUAAAUCCCUUAAUACGAGUUCAGUUGAUUGAUUGGAAUCCUCUUAAGUUGGAUUCCAUAGGUUUAAAACAGAUGCCAUGGUUCACAUCUAUAGAAGAAUUUUUGGAUAGCAGUGUGGAAGAUUCAAAAAAAGAAGAUAAUUCAGACAGAAAAAUCUUGUCUGCUGUCAUCAACAAAACAGUUAUUCCCCGACUUACAGACAUUGUGGAAUUCAUUUGGGAUCCCUUGUCAACCUCACAGACAACAAGUUUAAUGACACACUGCAGAAUGAUUCUUGAAGUACAUUCCACUUGUGAAAAUGAAAUCAGUAAAAGCAAACAGGAUUUACUUAAAUCUAUUGUUUCAAGAAUGAAGAAGGCAGUAGAAGAUGAUGUUUUUAUUCCCCUGUAUCCAAAGAGUGCUGUUGAAAACAAAACAUCACCACAUUCAAAGUUCCAAGAAAGACAGUUCUGGUCAAGCCUAAAGCUCUUCCGCAAUAUUCUUCUUUGGAACGAACUCCUCCCAGAUGACACCUUGCAAGAGCUAGGGCUAGGAAAGCUGCUAAAUCGUUACCUUAUUAUAGCUCUUCUUAAUACCACACCUGGGCCAGAUGUCAUUAAAAAGUGUAGCCAGGUAGUAGCAUGUCUACCAGAAAAAUGGUUCAAAAAUUCUGCAACACGAACAUCUAUUCCCCAACUAGAAAGCUUCAUUCAAUUUUUAUUGCAGUCUGCACAUAAAUUAUCUAGAGGUGACUUCAGAGAUGAAGUCAAAGAAAUAAUUCAUAUUCUGAUGAAAAUAAAAGCUUUGAAUCAAGCAGAAUCCUUCCUAGAAGAAUAUCACCUAGACCAUCUUAAAUCACUAAUUAAAGAGGUUUGAGUAAAUGUUAUAGGAAGGUGCUAAAUGAGCUUUUAAAAAAAAGCUCGUUACUCUUCUUUAUUCCCUGUAAUGGAGGAUGGAUUUGCAAAAAUGCAGGACUCCACUGCUCCAUUCCCUCCAUGCUUUACCUUCUGGUAUCCUGAAAGGCUGCACUGAUCCUCUGAUUGUGAAGGAAUUAAAUGCACAGGAGCAGUAAAAGUU